AGGAUUAAGAUGCUCCCACGGAAGGAUCGGGAUGCUUCAGGCGGGGUUAGGUGAACUCGGACUAUUUGGCAGGCAAGAAGAUCCAUUGAAAUAUAGUCCAAAGGUGGACGAAGACGUACAGGAGAGGAGACAAGGAGGGAGCUGAGGGCGGGGGUCCUCCAGCACAGAGGUGCCCCCUGUCCUCCAGCACCUGCUGCUGGCUAACGUCCGACUUCGAGGACACGGCCGGCUUGUGUUGUUGCAUGUCAAUUAAGGCCAGAGCAGACCUAUGCGCUUGUGUCCGGGUGCAAACCAAUCUUUGCUCCUGGGAGUGAGAAGAAAGGAGGUCAGAGCAUUUCCAAGGGGAUCACGGACAUCUCAUAAGGGAUGGGCACCACGGAAGCCACUCUGAGAAUGGAGAACAUGGAAGUCAAGGACGAGUGGCAGGAUGAAGACUUCCCCCGACUUCUACCAGAGGACGGAGACAUGGACGCCUCGUGCGGCCUCACAGACAACAGAGGCUCACCUCCCGGCUCCUUAAACCUGAGCCCGCCCGGAGGAGGCGCCGGGGUGUCGUCCUCGCACCGUAAACGGCGUACGCUGGUCGCCCCGGAGAUGAACCUGUCCCUGGAUAAAAGCGAAGGUUCCCUUCUGUCUGACGACUACCUGGACACGCCCGAUGACUUGGACAUUAACGUGGACGACAUGGACACGCCGGAUGAGACCGACUCCUUGGAGUUCAUCACCAAUGGCAACGACCUGGAAUGGGAAGAUGAUGCCCCCGUGGCCUCCGCCAAAGCAGGCCCCGCCGGCCGUUCAGCGGACUUGGACGAGGAGGGAAAUGCCAACAACACCCGCCUGUGGAGGACGGUGAUCAUUGGGGAACAGGAGCACCGGAUCGACAUGCAGAUCAUCCGACCGUACCAGAGAGUCAUCACACACGGAGGUUAUUUUGGCGAGGGCCUCAACGCCAUCAUCGUGUUCUCCGCCUGCUACCUGCCCGACAGCAACAUCCCAGACUACCACUACAUCAUGGAAAACCUCUUCCUGUACGUGGUGAGCAGUCUGGAGAUGCUGGUGGCCGAGGACUACCUGAUUAUCUACAUGAACGGAGCCACGCCCAGGAGUAAGAUGCCCGGGAUUAGCUGGCUGAAGAAAUGCUACCAGAUGAUCGACAGAAGACUGAGGAAGAACUUGAAGUCGUUGGUCAUUGCCCACCCAACUUGGUUCAUACGCACCGUCCUGGCAAUAUCACGGCCCUUCAUCAGUGUGAAGUUCAUGAACAAGAUCCAAUACGUCCACAGCCUGGACGAGCUGGCCCAGAUGGUCCCCAUGGAGCACGUCCAUGUCCCGGACUGUGUUGUGCAGUUUGACGAUGAGAGGAUUCAAGCCAGGAAGGAAAGGAUAGAGCAAGAACAACAGUCAGUCCCACAAGAACCAGUCAACAAAAAAACACAAAGGCCAAAGUCAACGAAGGUAGAGCAAGGGUUAUGAACGGAGAACAACCAGAACUCUUUUGUUAAAGGGCCCCAUGAAUCAAGUCAACCUCAAAGAGGCAACUUCUCCACAUGUGCUUCCUUGCUUGGUCCACCAUCCAGAUGCUCAUCCCAGUAGCAAAUUCCCUGUACUCUACUCUAAUAUACUCUACUCUCAUGCACUCUAAUGUAC